AUGUCGAGGAACGGCAGCAAGCGGGUGACCUUCAGCCCCGACGCCUCCACGAGGCCCGCCGCCACGCCCCGGGCGGAGCGGAGCUUGGCGAAUAUGCGUGCCCCUCCCAAGGGCUUCCGCCGCCGGCUGUGCCGCAACUUACCGGGGGCGAGGUUCUUCAAGCGCGCCGGUGAGAACGCCGCGAGAGCGCUGUGCUUCAUCCCCGGCCGGCGCAGGGGAGGAGGAGCCAAGGUUUCCCCCCGGGGCUUUCCCGGCCGGCUCCACCCUUCCUCCCCUCAAGAAGAAUCGCACACCGCCGAGGCCAUCGAGGACUGCAUCAGGUUCAUCAACUCUUCCUCCACCCGGAAGCCAUAG